AAAAAAAUAUUGCAAAUUAUUCUUGUAGCUUUAGCGGACAAAUUCCACUAUAGCAGAAGAUUUAUCUGUUACACAGAGCUGGUAUUCUCCUUCAGCGGUAUCAUUUUCAUUAGAUGGGUGAGAAAGAUUUGGAAAUUGAGGAAAUAAGUACAGCACGUGGAGAAGAACAGAGGGGAGAUGAAGCUAAAACAGAGGUGCGAAAAGUUAAAAAGAAGAAAAAGUCUUUUAAAGAAGGUGUGAAGGUGGAAAAACAUGGAGUUUGUCACGUAAGUAGAGUACCACCUCGUAUGGACCACGUGAAACUUCGACAGGUUCUUUCUCAGUUUGGAGAAAUUCAGAGAAUAUAUCUUGUACCUGAAGCUGCUGCUGCUCAAAUGAAUCGGAAACGGGCAGGUGGGUUCCGAGGGCAAGCAUUUUCAGAAGGAUGGAUUGAAUUUACGAAGAAGAGUGUUGCCAAGAGAGUCGCAAAUAUGUUAAAUGGUCAACAGAUGGGUGGAAGGAAAAGGUCAUCAUUCUAUUAUGACAUUUGGAAUGUCAAAUACUUGUCUAAAAUCAAAUGGGAUGAUGUUACUGAUGAAAUUGCACAAAGGCACGCAGUUCGUGAGCAGAAGCUAGCUUUGGAGCUUUCUGCUGCUAAGAGGGAGCGUGAUUUCUACCUUACACAAGUUGAUAAAUCUCGCGCUUUAAGUUCUAUUGAAGAACGAAUGAAGAAGAAGCAAAAGGUGCAACAGGAAUCUGGGGUAAUUUCUGAUUUCCCAAGUGAACAGUUUGCGCCAAAGGUGAUACGACAAUUUUCCCAGAAAAAACCUGUGGCAGAUGAAGCUGGAAAAAUCAAGCCUAAGCUGUCUAAGGACGUUUUAGCCGGAGUAUUUGGCGGUCAAUGAUAAGGGGGUACGAGAGUGCAAAACAUUUCAGAAAGUGUGCUUGCUAAUUUUUUUUCCAACUACACUUUAAAUUUUGUCGCCUACAUCUUGGCUGUUAUUGGAUGUUGGAAUUAUAAGUGAACCUCGAGCAAAAUUUUAUCUUUAUUAGCGGUUGAUUGUAGAUGUCAUAUUAAUUAUUUUUGUUGUUUUAAUAGAUAAAUCAACUUAUCUAAAUUUAAAUGAAUUACUGUAUUUCUCA